UUCAGGUACUUAACACCCUGGAGACCCGACUUUCAAAGCGGCCCGGGUGGGAAGAUCUGUUUAUAUAAACAGGGACUGCGCUGUAAAUGCGCUAAUAUCCCUCCAGCCAGCUCACUGCGAGCGCCUCUCACGUCCAUCCGUAGGAGCAGCGUCCCCCGCCGCCCCCCGUUCCCGGCCUGCCCUGCCCCCGCCUCCUUCCCCUCCUCUCGGCCAUGGCCACCUCUGGACGUCUCAGCUUCACCGUGCGCAGCCUCCUGAAUUUACCCGAGCAGGACGCGCAGCACCGGCCGAGGCGGGAGCCACAGUCACGCGCGCCCCGGGCCGACCCUUGCGCAGCCUGGCUGGAGUCGGAGCCCGGCCAUUACCCCUCCUCGGACGAGAGCAGCCUGGAGACCACCCCACCAGAGUCGUCGCAGCGGGCGUCCUCUCGGCCCGCGUCUCCGGGCUCGGACGCCGAGAAGAGGAAGAAGCGGCGGGUGCUGUUCUCCAAGGCGCAGACGCUGGAGUUGGAGCGCCGCUUCCGGCAGCAGCGGUACCUGUCGGCGCCGGAGCGGGAGCAGCUGGCGCGCCUGCUGCGCCUCACGCCCACGCAGGUCAAGAUCUGGUUCCAGAACCACCGCUACAAGCUGAAGCGCGCGCGCGCGCCGCCGGCCACUGAGUCCUCGGACCUGAGCGCGGCCGCCGAGCUGAGGCCCGCGCCCGGCCUGCUGCGCCGCGUGGUGGUGCCCGUGCUGGUGCACGAAGGCCAGCCGUGCGGCGGUGCCAAGGAGUCGGGCCCCGCGGCGGCCCGGGGCAAGGGCAGCGCUCCCCCGACCGCCGCCUGCCCUCUGCCAGGCUAUGCCGCCUUCGGGCCGGGCUCGGCGCUCGGCAUCUUCCCGACCUACCAGCACUUAGCGCCCCCCACCCUGGUCUCCUGGAACUGGUGAGGCCACCUGGGGGUGCUGGGUUACCCUGACUUUGGAGCUCGCUUGUGCGGCUGCAGUACGGUUGCAGCCAAAGACCUGGAGCCCUCCGGGUGCCCCGAAGCCAGACCCCUUCUCGCAGGCCCCACCUUCGGGGUUCCCUGGCCCCCUUAUCUGCUAUCUCUCGGAAGCACUCGCAGGGAACCUUUCCCAAGAUCCCCCCUCUCCCCUUCCCUGGACUGCGAACCCCAGAGCUAGAUUUUAUUGCUUGAGCCUUAUCUGUAUAUUUUUUUAAAUAGCAGUUUGUAUGGGAAGCAUAUUUUAAAAGAAAUAGAGUAAUUUUUCUUUUUUUGUUGUGCGAGAAUAAAGCGUGUAGGUUUGGAUCCCCUGCGCUCCUGCGGGGAAGUAGGUGGGCGCCGAGCUCCCUAGACUGGAGUUCUGAGUCCCCCACCCCCACCCCCGCUCCAGUGCCCAAUUAGGGUUGAGCUCCGGUUGGGGUGAAGGGCAGAGCUCGGGCCAGGAGGAUACAGGGGUGAGGGGAGGGAGCUGAGGCAAUCUCUGGGACCCUGGCCAGCGAGUAGCCACUCUGACCUCAGAGUGACCCUGGGUCCCCGACGGCUCCGGCUCCCGGAGCAGCGGGCGUUGGAAACACCAAAAGUCAACCCGGUCGGCUGCAACGACGAGAGAGAGAGAGAGACUGACUUCUCCCCAGGAGAGCGCUAGCGAAGCUGGGUGCGGCGGAGCUAGCGCUCUGGGGCGGAAGAGCCAGGAAGCUUGGGACCCUGAGUUAAGCGGGCUUUGCUGUGAUUUCCCGUCUCCUCCUGUCUCCUCGACACAGCACCUCGACAGGCUAGGGUGGGGUGGGGACAGCCUAAAGAGGAAAUUGAAAGGUGGCAGUGAACUGUGGAGUUGGGCUCUGCCUUGGGGCGUCCUGUGGAGCUUGAUGAGGAAUGAUGGCCUUGGUGACCCGACAGCCGGGCUGGAUCCACUAGUCGCCUCCUUUCACGCAUGCUCCUAGGACACUCUGGACUCGGGGUUUGCAACUGUUGUUCUUCAAGUCUAUAUGUGGAGCCAUGGGAUCUCCAAUGUAGGCAUUCACUGGGGAGAAGGAAAAGCCUCGUUCCCUGGCACCGGCUACAGGAAGAUGCGCCAGAGGAGAGUAGUUCCCAGGGUCUGUGUCCAGCGAUAGGAACAGGGACCCGGAAGAGCUCUGUGAGGGGCCUGUUAUGGGCCUCGGGUUUCCUGUCCAAGGAGGAGGGAGAGGAGGAGGCAGUGUUAUCACCUGGGAUUUGGGGGGCAGCAGAAGGGGAAGAGUGGGGUGCUUGGGUCUCAGCUGCUAGCCACCUUGCCUUCCAUAUGGAUGCCAUUAUCUUAGAAGAAUCUCGGUGCUUAAACCCCCUUUUGUCUUGGGAACUGAAAAGGGCAUUGUCAGGCCUGAAAAGGACCUAGACAAAAUCCGCACUGUUUUGAUUCAGGACUCUGUUUAAUCAGUCCCUGGUGACAAUGUAGUGGGUGUUAGGGAGGACAAUAGUAUCUUUUUAAACCUUGUGGCCUUCAGGAAGACAAAAGACUUGAAUUUUAUGGGUUUACAACUUCAAUUAGAACAGUGCCAGUGUGCAUGGGAGAUUAUCAAAUUUGUAUCAUAAAACCCCUUUCUAAUAAAUAAUUGCUGGGGAGGGAGCCUGAAUAUUGUUUGACAUUUCUGAGAUUUGCCAGCGACUUCUCAGUUGGCCCUAGCAGAGCAGAUGGGAAAGAAAAGGAGGAAACGAUUUCUGAAGAGGUCCUGGAUCUGGACUUGUGCUUGUGGUCAGCUGGCUGGGUGCUUGGUGUUUUUCAUGCUCUUCCUCCAAGAAUGGAGUCAAAGACUUGCAGCUUGUUUAAUGCCAUUGCUACUGACAAAGACCUGAGUAUUCUUGAGGAGGGAGUGAAAAAAAACAUUGUCUAGUUCCUCACCUUUUCUUUUGCUAGAGCUGUAGACAAAGUAGAUCUUGGAGGGCCUGUAGAACUGUUAUGGAGAGAAGAUGUUUACCAGGAGGCUUUUGGGGAAAGUGUAUCCUCCAUCAAAUUCAUCAUGGCCCUAAAUGGUGAGCUAGAUGUCUAACCAAUAAGGCAUUGGUUGCUUCCCAGCAAGGUGGUUAGAGCUGCAGCAAAUGCCCACCCAGAGAGCCAGCUGUGUCCUGGGAUAGAAGAGAAAUAGCAAUGUCCCAGGGCAGUAGCACCAGGAGCCAGAAUUAUAUACUGAUACCCUCUUCCUUUUGACUCUUUCAUUUAGGCUGGUAAGAUCCUUCCUUUAGGGAGGAAAAGCCACAGGAUAGAGUGCAAAAUGUACCCCAUCCCACCAAUCCAUGUUAGAGACUCAAGUGGUCAUAUUUCUUCCUGUCCAUACCUGUGAUAAGCUGGAAAAGAUAAAUGUCAAUUUCCUUUGUGAUCUAAAAGUUCUGUUCUCCCAGGUUCUGCUGAAAGCUUAAUCCAAGGCCUCUCUACUAGCAGCUGUGAAAACACUUAGGGUCUCCCUUCCCAGAUGAAAGUAUUUUAGACCUGUCUCCCAUUGUCAGCAUCACAAGGCAUAUUCACACAGAAACCUUUUAUUGAAACUUACUGUGUUCCAGGCAUUUUUGAGGUUAUUCUCACAGAAAUCUUGCUACUUAUCUAUCUACCUAUAUAUCUCCUGUUUUAUAGGUAAGAAAUAGGCUCAGUGUAUGGGCUAGGCAAAUGAUUUGCCCAAAGUAAUUAUGAACAUGAAAGACUUGCCACUGUCCUCUACUUAACCACUUUGCAUGCUGCCCUUAAGGAGGACAGCUGCCAUAUAUAUGGCAGAUAUUUAACUAUCUGUUUUUCACAUUUACAAAUAACCUGCCUAGGAUGCUUAAAUGAAACAUCAAAAACAAAUAAACAGAGUUAACAAAAGAUUCAACCACAACCAUGCUACAUAUAUGCAUAUAUAUGUAUAUAUAUAUACAAUGUUGCAACCAUCAUAAACUAUCUUUUGGAUGGUGUUGAAGGAUUUGAAAGCACGUGCAAAGCACUCUGCACAGUUCAGAGCCACUUGCAGAGGCUGGUCACAUAGCACAACAGUUGCUAACACUUGCACCAGGCAAUAUCCUAACUCACUCAACUCCAGAAGGCAGUACUACUGUCCCCCUUUAGAAAUGAGGAAACUGAAGGUGGAAGAGGUGAUCAGUAACUGAUCUGGGAUCAUACAGCUAGGGUAUAAUAGGUUUUGAACCCAAGCACUCAAGCCCCAGAUCUCACACCUUUGACCAGGUGGGAAUUAUUUCCCGUUCUUUUAUGUUUUAUUGCUCUCAGUUCACAGUCUUAGUUACCUUCCUCACAAAUCCUUCUCUAAAGACCUGUUCUUUAGCAUCUGUCUUUGCUCCUCCCCAACCCCUUACCCUCCACCAGCUUUUGAACACAGCUCUCUGUGUUUUCCCUAGGCUUGUUUGUGUGUGUUCUUGUCCAGCUGUCAAUGAAACACAGCUCUUGUCUGCAGGUCACAAUGUUCUCUCUCCUGUGACUAUCAUUCCACCAUUCUUCUUCCAGUAAAACAUCUGCUGCUGCCGCCUUGACACCAAUUGUCGACUCAGUGUUCAGCAGGGUCCCUGCUGACUCUGAUAAGCUCCUCUAAGCUUUGCCCAACCCCCAGGCCCAGAUUCCUAGCCCUGUCAUCUUUUUCCCUUCCUAGGUCUCCAGCUUUAUCUUUAUUAUUAAAUAUCAUCCUCUUCACAUUUUCUCUCUCCUUCCAUUGUAAACAUUUUCACUUUAUCUCACUUAAGUCUCUUGCAGGUGGAGACUGCAAUUUUCACUUCAAUUUUCUUUCCUCAUUGUUCAGAGGAUCUUACAUCUUAGUACAUCUCUUAUCUGAUGAAUUUAGCACUUCAGUAUCUUAGCUAAUGUUCUACUGAUGGGUGAGAAGGAAGUUAUUUGAGCCCAGGUUAACCUAUACCUUCCCUUCUAACAAUGGUGUUAGAUGUUUAUUAUUCUCUUGUUUUGUUGACAUAAUUAAUUUGCCUUUUCCUCCCUCUCCAACGAACACUUCACUGCCUUUAAAAUACUUUUGAUUUAUGAAAAAGAUACCCAGGCAGGCUAGUUACAGGCUUGACAUGGUUAACUCCUUUGUUAACUCUGUUUAUCUAUUCUUGGUGUUCCAGUUAAGUAUCCUAGGCAGGUUAUCUGUAAAUGUGAAAAGCAGAUAGCUAAAUGAUGAGGAAGUAUUGUCUCUACCUCAAAGCAUGACAGUUUCUACCAGUGUGAUUCUACCAUUUAGUACUCAAAAUCUGAAUGAGAAAACGUAUACCUCCAGGUCACUCAUUUUUCUAAGCCAUACAGUGGGCAGGGAUUUACCAAAUGGUUCCUUAAUGAUUUUCAGAAUUCCAGUUUGGUACUUGUCCUCUUUGGUCCCCGUCUUUCUCCUGUGUACUCACCACUCAUGUCACUCAGUCUAUGAGGUCACCAACAAAUUGAACAAUAUUCUCUUUAAUUCAGAGCCAUUAGGGGCCGGGGAUCUAGCUUAGUGGUUCUGCUGCUUACCUCACAAGCACAAGGACCCGAGUUCAAUCCCCAGUACCAAAAAAAAAAAACAAAAAAAAAAACAGAGCCAUUGAUUAAUGAUUUAACUUUGGAGGGAGACUAGAAAGAAUUGCUUAGACUGCUCCAACUCCUUUCCUUAUCUACCCCAAAUAUUCAAGCACAGGAAUUCUUAUUUUUUCCAACCAUGUCCAGUAGAGAAGUUUUAAUGUUUAUCCAGAAAAGUAGCAUCAUCACAAAUUAGAGGUGGAGGGCCUGGGAGUAUAACUCAGUGAUACAGUCCUUGCUUAACAUACAUGAGGCCAUGAGUUCAACCCUUGGUAUGAGGGUGGGGAAUCCUGUGCACUCCUCCACAUGUUAGCCAGUCUGGUGGUGCAUGUCUAUAAUCCGAGCUACUGGAGAGGCUGAAGUGGGAACAUCUCAGGUUCAAAG